CGCGCGCGCACGCUCUUUAACCGACUCUUAACGCGAACAUGAACGGAGAACGGACACGGCGCGAGCCGGAGUGUGUGUCCGCUCACUGAGUUUAUAUCCUAACUCCCCGCGUGCGAACUUAAAAAAAAACAAACCAAUAAUAAAUAACACGGAUAAACCCUUCUCAGGACUACUGCCGUGAAAGAAAGUGGACUUUGUUUGUUUUUUUCUUCUUCUUUCAGCAGCUUUAUUAGAAAUUGUGAGAAAUCUGACGGGUGAGAUUUUGCCGUCGCGAGCGCCGAGAUGGUGCAGAAAACGAGCGGCGCGGAGAGCUUUGAUUCCGGGGCGAAGGACGCGGAUCUGUGCGCCUCGUCAUCCGCGAGCCCCGGAUCCGACAAGCUCGUGGACCCGGGCUGGUGCAAGACCCCCAGCGGACACAUCAAGCGGCCCAUGAACGCGUUCAUGGUGUGGUCGCAGAUCGAGCGGCGCAAGAUCAUGGAGCAGUCCCCCGACAUGCACAACGCCGAGAUCUCCAAGCGGCUCGGGAAGCGCUGGAAGCUGCUGAAGGACACCGAUAAGAUCCCGUUCAUCCGCGAGGCAGAGCGCCUGCGCCUCAAGCACAUGGCCGACUACCCGGACUACAAGUACCGACCGCGGAAAAAGCCCAAGUCGAGCGGAGGCUCCAAGAGCAGCGAGAAGGCGAGCGGAGCUACCGGUCCCCACGGCGCCAUUUUGAAGGCGCAUUCCAAAAAGAGCGGAAGUUCCAGAACGGGCAGCGGCGGCCACAGCAAGGCGCACAAGAUGGCUCACAAAGCCGCGCCGCAUGAGCCGGCCGCCGGGGCAGAUCACCACGCGCUCUACAAGUCCAACAAGUCGGACAAGAAACCCAAAAGAGUUUACGUGUUCGGGAGCGGAGGAGAAGGAGGAGGAGGAGGAGGAGGAAGCGUCCCCGCGAGCCCGACCCUCAGCAGCUCCACAGAGUUCGGCGACGCGCAGAGUCUGUACGAGGACUCGCACCGCGCCUUCCGCGCGCCCUCGCCUGCUCCUUCCGCCUCGUGCUUAUCCCAGUCUCCAUCAUCAUCUUCUUCAAUAUCAUCGUCUUCUUCGUCGUCGUCGGAUGAGGAGCUUGAGGACGACAUGGCAGAGGUCGGGCGCCGCGCGAGCCCCGGAUUCGACAGCACGUCUCUGGGCAGCUUCGGCUCGUCUUACUCCUCGUCUUCCGCGUCCUCGUGCUCGCCGGCGCUCGACCGCGACUGGGACUCGAGCUUCGAGUCGUGCGCGGGCUCUCACUUCGACUUCCCCGAUUACUGCACGCCCGAGGUGACCGAGAUGAUCUCGCGGGACUGGCUCGAGUCGACCAUCUCCAACCUCGUGUUCACUUACUGAAGGAGCGGAGCGGAGAGCGCGCGUGCGGGGCUGACACUAACAAACAAACAAACAAACAAACAAACAAACAAACACGCAAUGCAAGGAAAUGAAACAACAAGACUGAAAAUCAAGUAAAUAAAUAAAUAUAACAAGGAGAACUGUUUCACAUGAAGUUGCAUUGAGAGUGCUUGCAACCGAACGACGGACGAGGAAUCUCAGACACACACAAAAAUGCGCAAAAACUGCGUUUUGAUUUAAAGAGAGAGAGAGAGAUCAAGAAGGGACUGGAGCGCACGUGCGCUGGUGCAUUGAGAUGCGUCGUGGUGUGGUGCAUUUGCAGAAAUGCAUCGAGUCGCGCUGCAUUAGGGCUACACUGCAAACACCACCGAGUUCUGUGCAUCGAUGAGAACAUUUUCGAAACAUUUCAAUAAAAGAAAAAGUGAGAGACGAGAAGCGGAGUUGCAGAGGCGCGUGCCCGAGGAAACCAGAAGGGAUUUUUGUUUCCGAGUUGCAACAGGACUGGAAGGACCUUCACGUGCGUGCAUGGCGAGGAGAAGAGCGUCCAUGUCCGUGCACGCGGAGGGGGGAGAAACAAGAAGAUCCUAUUGCAUAAUAAUAAUAAUAAUAAUAAUAAUAAUAAUCGGAACUGUCGGAAAAAAAGUCGGAACUGGAAAACUGUGAUUUGAUUUGCACGAGAAGCUGUUUUCGGUCAUCUGUUUUUUUUAAAAAAAGGACAACAUUGCGACAGGCACGUGACUUUUUAACGCUUUAGAGGUACAGAUGGAGGCUGGGGAGGGGCGGAUUUAUGAACGAGGUGGGUUUAAGACUUAAAGACAACCCUUUAUUUAAAGAGAGAGAGAGAGAGAGAGAGAGAGAAGCAUGUUAUCUGUCCUCUGGUGUAUCACGGUUUUGUGUGCGACUGUGGAGCAGUUCACUAGCAGUAGGUUUAUUUAAAAUGGCUAGAUGGCGCCAUGUUUGACUUUAAAAACAAACAAAAAAUCACCAGCUGUUUUUCAUUCUGAACUUCAGGAUUCAAUCUCAGAUCUGUGCUGAACUUUCCUUUUUUUAAUUUGUUUUUAAAUGAAUCAGGACCAAAACUCCCCUGUUUCUGUUUUUUAUAUACUCUUGUCCAUCAUUGUGUGUUUGUUUGUUUGUUUGUUUGGUUUUUCAGAUGCCAUUUUUUUUUAUAUACAUAUAUAUAUAUAUAUAUAUGAGGAUGUAUUUAUAUACCAGCUGAGCAUUGAAUUUUUUUUUUAAAUCAAGUUUUUUUUUGUUGUUGUUUGUUGUUGGUUCACACUCCUUCUCCCAAAAAGAAGGGCUAUAGUUUUUUUUUUGUUUUGUUUUGUUUUGUUUUUUCUCCCCCAUUUCUUUAUUUUAUAUUUAAAUGUAGACUUUUUUGGAGAAAAAGAGAGCGUUUGAUUAUUUUCUCAGUGUAUUUUUGUACAAAUCUAUAUUUAAAAAAAAAAAAAAAAAGAAAGAGGAAAAAAAGGGGGCGUGGUGAUUUGUUGACGAUUUGUGUACCAGCUUUUUUCCCAGGUUUUUUUUUUCUCUCUUAUUUUUUAAUUUUUUUUUUUAAAUUCUAGGUGGGUUGGUUAAUGCAAAAUCGACCUCCUGUCUGUGUUUACAGCUCCAAUCUCUAUCACACACACACACACACUUUUUGACAUGAAACCCUGCUGUAAAGGGACAUUACACAUCUUGCUCAGUCAGAUAUCGUAGCUUUAAUCGAUCGUUUUUUAUGGCAUUUUUUGCAACGACAAAAAAAAAAAAUCGUUUUUUAAAAAAAAAAAAACAAUUCCGAACGUAAAAUGAAAUCAUCGUGUUUGGAUAUUUAAUCUCUCUUUUUCUACUCGUAUAGCUCAUCGUUUUCGUAUUUUAAGGCAUGGUGGAUAGACUUUUGUAUCACAGAUUCAGGUUUCUAUAUAAUAGCUGUUGUGUUCUGAAAAAUUAGGAAAAAUCGUGAAUUUGUACAGUCGACUGUAUUAUUAUUAUUAUUAUUAUUAUUAUUAUUAUUAUAAGCAAAAAAAAAGAGAUUGUGUGUGUUUUAUGUAUGUUGUUGCGCUAUAAACAUGUCAUGGCACUAGAACAGAUAUGGUUUCGCUUAGCCUACUUCCUUUAACGAUUGUUGUCGAGGAGUUUCUGUAUAAAUAUAGUAUAUACACAGUUGGAUUAUAUUAACUUUAUGUUCUGUGCAAUAUGCUGUGUAGAAAAAAAAAUCUGUUUUGCAUCCUAAUCAUGCCAUAACGCAUUUGGGAUUUGGGGGCGGGGCAGAGGGGAGGGGAGGGUUUAGGGGGCGGGGCUUCACGCCAGCUCUAUGUGUCAAGUCACUGCCUGUCAGAUUGUUAAUAUACACAUGUACAGAUUUUGUUUUUUUUUUUGUUUUUUUUGUUUUGUUUUUUUCAGGAAGGAAAUAAAGUCAGCUGGAACUGAACCUUAA